AUGGAUAGCGAAGAUGAUAGUGAUGAUGAAGUAAAUGUAAUUGAAGAAUUUUUUCAACAUUCAAUACGAAGUGACAUACCAGAACAGUUUAAGACGUAUAUUGAACAUUUUCAACGAUUUUUAUCUCCACAAACAAUUACUUACAUACAAUAUUGUUUAUUACGAAUACCAUUUUUACUUGCUUAUGAUUAUCUAUUUACCGAUCAAUUUUCAUCAUUAAUUAAUUCUUUUUUAAAAUAUUCAAUCGAUAUAAUUGAUAAAGAACAUCGAAUAUUGUUUAAACCAAUUAGUUAUAUAUUAAAAAGCUAUUUUUUUGAAUAUUUAAUUUAUCUGAAUGUAAUUUUAUCUCUACCAGUUUUAGGUUUUAUACUUUUAAUUCUUUUAUUGUUAUGUACUAAUCGACGUCUAGUAGUUUUCUACAGUUAUAUUAUAUCAUUAUUUGCUAUCUAUCUAAAUUAUCAAAUAGUUCGUCUGUCAACAUUUCAAAUAAAUACGUUUGGAAUUCAAUUGAUAUUUUCAUUGAUUUAUAUUCAAAUGAUAAAUGUACGUUCUCAUCUUAAUACAUAUAAAAUUGAAAAACGUUUAUGUCAAUUUUCCCCAUUGUUAUUCUUCUUCACACGUUAUUUAUUUUCAUUGAAGUUGCAUACAUACAUAAUUCAUUUAUAUUAUUUUCUUUGGAUAUGCGUUCAUUUAUUUGGAUUAAUUAUUUCUCAACAAGAAACAAUAUUUUAUAUAAUAAGAAUACGAUUUCUCAAUGAAUUAAUCAGUUUAUAUGAAAAUUUUGGUAUUCAAACAUUAGUUAGUUCUUUACAACAACGAAUAGAUUUUGUUACAUUAUUAAAAAUUUUUUGGCUAACUAAAAUUAUUAUUUUACCGUUCGGAUUAAGACAAAUGCAUACAACUCCAUUUGUAGCAAAUACAACGAUAAACAUGGAUGCACUUGACAAUAAUAUAACGUUGGAUUAUAAUGAAACAUUCGCUACAACAAUCUAUUUUACACUUUUAUAUUAUGGAACAGAAACAACAUUUACUUUGAUUAGUCUUGCUUGCGUGGUUUCUUACGGUAUGAAAAUAAUUUCUCAUCGUUUAUUUCGUCGUUUAUGUCUAUGGUCAGACGAUGUUGAACAAAUCGGUACUGUUUUCGGAAUAAUGUUUUUUCUUUUACUUUUUCAAUCGAAUUUAACUCGACUUGAUCUUAAUCGACGACAUAUUCCUUUAUUAAAAGCAUUCAGUUUAAUUAUUAUUGCAUUAUUUCAUCUUCUCCAUACAAUUCUUGAGCCAGAAUUAUUUAAAGUUGCAAUGCAAAUGAUGACAGUAAAAAUGGCAUUUGAUCAAACCGAUGAGUAUUCAGAAGAAAAUAUGGAAAAUAAUAAAAAAAGAUCAAUGUUAAAAUUAUAUUUUUCUCGAAAUUUCCUUCAUUCAUUUCAUCAUCGACAUAUUUAUACGUGUUUAUCGAUUCUAUUCAUAAUUAUAUCUUAUACCACUGUCCUCUGGAAUUUAACAAGCAUUUCAACAUGGCUUUUAGCUGUGACAGCGUUUUCAUUGGAAUUAAUAGUACGCCUUCUCGCAUCAUUGGCUCAAUAUACUCUUUAUGUACUUGAUGCAUAUCGUUGUUUAUCAAAUGCUGAUUCAUUUGAUGAAUAUAUAUUUCGUAUAAAAGCAAUAACAUCAUGUUGUGAAUUUAUUCUUGGCGUUUUUCUGCUCUGUAAUGGAUUCUAUAUUUUAUGUUUUGAGGCUCGAGGCGCAUUACGCGCAUUUAUGCUUGCUAUACAUGCACAUUUAAAUAUAAUAAAAAAUUUCCGCCGUGGUUGGCAGAUACUACGUAAUCGAAGAUCAGCAUGGGAUAAUGUUAAUCAUUUACCAUUGGCUACGGAAGAACAAAUUCAAAAUUAUAAUGAUAUAUGUUCAAUAUGUCAUAAUAUUUUAACAAUCGGUAAUACAUGUAUAACACCAUGUUCACAUUUAUUUCAUCAGAAAUGCUUACAAAAAGCAUUUUAUGCAACACCGAAUUGUGCCUUAUGUUUACGGCCAAUUGUUACCAACGAAAAAAAUGGUCAAUAA